GAGAGGAAGAAGCGGGGUGAGAACGACAAUGAGCUGUUCCUGGCAGACGUCUAUGCCUACCAGGGGAAAUUCCACGAGGCAGCCAAGCUUUACAAACGUACCGGCCACGAAUCCAGAGCCCUGAGCAUGUACACUGACCUGCGCAUGUUCGAGUAUGCCAAGGAUUUUGUCGGAGCAACAGACCCCAAGAGCACUCGGAUCCUGAUGACCAAGCAGGCAGAUUGGGCGAAGAGCAGCAAGGAGCCCCGGGCAGCAGCGGAGAUGUACCUGUCAGCAGGAGAACAUCUCAAAGCCAUAGACAUUAUAGGGGAACACGGCUGGGUGGACAUGCUGAUCGACAUCGCUCGGAAGUUGGACAAGGCUGAGCGUGAACCACUGUCAAAAUGUGCGCUCUACUUUGAGAAGCUGAAUCACCAUGGCUAUGCCUCAGAGACUUAUUCCAAGAUGGGAGACCUGCAGGCUCUGGUGCAGCUGCAUGUGGGAACCCGGCACUGGGAGGAGGCCUUCUCACUGGUGGAGGAGCACCUCCGGUUCAAAAAUGACGUCUAUGUGCCUUAUGCCCAGUGGUUGGCUGAAAACGACCGCUUUGAGGAGGCGCAAAAAG